AUGCUUGUACCGGGCACGAUGGCAACGCACGGAGGCAUCGGAGGCACUCAAAUGCUGUACACAUCAUCAGCAGUCUAUUGUAGUCCUCCGGAAGCCAUCCUGAUCUCGGCACUCGACCUCAAGUUUUACCGCGAGAACCGCACGCUCGAAUUCGACAUUUCAGCUGCUUCAGUGCAAGACGAUCUGCGAGUCUCGGUAUCCGUCGACGUCAACGCCUACGGACUCGGUCUGUUUUCGCUCGCCAUCGAUCUCUGCGACACCAUCGCAGCUCUGUGUCCACUGCCCAACUACCAGUUCGCAGGCGCAGGCGUGUUUGACGUACCCGAACAAUUUGUGCGAGAGAUCCCGUCGAUCGCAUUCACCGUGCCUAACCUCGAAGCCGUAGCUACGGUCGAGCUUACCGACUCCAACAACACCGUCGUCGGCUGCGUUCAGGCUACUCUGUCCAACGGUAAGACCACCUACCAGCCCGCCGCAAAGUGGGCCGUCCUCGGCGUGUUUGGCUUGGCAGUCGCCAGCUCCGUCCUGCACACAUCGCUUGCCUCGAGUCUUGGUGCGGCUCAGUGGCGCGUGGUGGAUGUGUUUACCACAAUCCAGCAUAUCCCCAUGUCGGCGCUCUUGACGCUCAACUAUCCCAAGGUGUUUUUGGAGUUUGCGCGCAACUUUGCCUGGUCCAUCGGCUUGAUAAACAUCCCCGCCGUGCAGAGGUCCAUCCUCUCGACGCGCGAAAAGACCGGUGGCGCCAAGGACGGCACGUUUGGCGCUCUGCUUCAGGCCGAGAGUGGCAAGCAGUUCAACCCUUUCACCAGCCAGCGUUUGCGCACUUCUUCGGCUGCUACAACGCCGUCGCCCUUCUCGUUCCUUACGCUCCCCGCGGGCGCGCAGCAGCCCAACGCCAACACCAGCACCAGCACCAGCACAUAUGCCGCCUACAGUCGGCUCUCCGAGCCGCUCAGUUUUCGCAUAACCAACCUCGGCAAGCGUCAGAUCUACGCUCCCUACACAGGAGCUGGCGGUCAGAUCGCCCAGAACGUUGGCUCAAACUCCCUGCCCGUCAUCUCGUCCAACACGCCACCACCCAACGGACUGGGCUACUUUGCCGAGCUCAACAACAUCUCGCCUGCUAGCGCGUUUCUCACGGUGCUCGUGAGUUUGGCGAUGCUGUUUGCAGCGCUCGUUGUCAUCUUCAUGGUAGUGUACGUCUUGGCCGCGAUCUCGCGGCUGGCUACGCUGCGACGCAAUGGCCGGGUGGCGGCUUGGUCGUCGCGUCUCACAGGUCGGUCGUUCUGGGGCAUGUUCUGCCGUCCCUUGUUCGGACGUGCUGUGGCGGCUACUUUGCAGAUCUACCUCGUCUUUGCCUUUUGGCAGUGGCUUCGGGGUGAUUCAUGGGUCCCGGACAUGCUCGCAGCCAUCCUACUGGUCAUCUACCUAGUCGGAAUCGCACUCAUCUACGUGCCCGUCUUCGUCGCCUCGCGCCGACUCGGUAAGGACCAACUGUUUUACGGUUCUACUCCGCCCGCCAACGCUUCCGCAAUAGCUCAACGGUGGGGAGCCAUCGCACACCCUUUCCGACCCAAAUUCUUCUGGUUCGGUUUGGUGUUCCUGCUCGUCUACUUUGUGCGUGCGUGCUUUAUCAGCUUCGCGCAAGGUCGAGGGAAUGGGCUGCGGCAGUCGAUCGGUUUGGCGGCAACCGAUCUCCUCUUCUUGCUCGUCCUCUGCAUCUGUCGACCGGGGCGUGACAAAACGAGUGACUUUGUCAUGAUCUUCCUUCUCGUCUUCCGCGUCCUCUCGUGGGGAAUCUGCAUCGCCUUGACGCCGCUAGCGAACAUCGAGACGAUCCCAAGGGUCGUCCUAGGUUUCGCAUUGAUCGUGUUCACCGGGAUUCCGAUCGUCUUCUUGUUCUUCUUGACCGUUUGGGAUCUCUUCUCGCCGUUUAUCAGAAAGAGGCAGUGGAGCGCUACGCGUAUUGGCGAUUCCGAAUUGAACGGCAAGCGCGAUACGGCGUAUUCGUUCGGUGCGGUAGGAGCGGCGGCAGCGGGAGCGGGAGCGGAAGCGGCGGCAGGGCCGGGGCCGGCGCUGCGGGCUACUUCCAACGGUCCGUCGGAGGUGGACAGCGCAGUGGAUGGGGUGAAUUCAGAUAGCGCUUCGUCGGAGGACGGUGCAAUGACGAGCGGUCGCACGGGGCUCAGAGAUGGAGCAGUGCCGGUAAUGUCCAGCUCUUUGUCUGGGCAGACGUCGAAAGACGCCUCCAAUCCGCCUCCUGCCGCGGUGACGGCUGAGUCGGUAGAACAUUCGGCCUUGGCUGCAGAAUCGCACUUGACAGCCGCACCACCAGCGCCACAGCAACAGCCCCAUCUGUCUCCGCGUCCACCAGGUCCAUGGCAUGCCAACUCGAGCGUCUCGGCCGCUUCCGGACAGACGGUCUACUACGAUGCUAGAACGUGA